AAUUUUUUAAAGACAGAAUUGUGAUAUUGUUCUUAUUGAUUAUAGCUAACAUUGUCCACAGAUUAUCUCUAUGUAACACAAUUGAAAGCUGAAAAGUGCUAAAGUGGUUCUACAUUAUUUGAAAUAUUUAUGUGAAAAAUUAUGUAGUACUUAUUUCCAUAUAAUAAUUUAAAAUGACGCAACACCAAUUCGAAAUGUGGUAUGCCUACUUUACAAUCACAAUAACAUUAUCAGAAGAUGCAUGGUGCAGUUACAUCUGUUGCACUCUGGUGAGGGGACGUCUCACGUAGAACACUGUCCGUUCCAGCAUUUUAACUGGCUGAGACCAUUGCCUAUCCCAGCAGCAUAACUCAGUGGGUUAGGCCUAAAUAUUUAUAAAGAGGGGAACACCAUCACUUACACAUUCAUUCACUUAAGAGAGAGAACUCUGCAAACUUCUCCAUUGGCAAGUUCAAAAUAUUUGAAACCAUUUGCAAAAGGACAAACACAUUUUUUUUGCAAGUUUUGCCACAACUUUUAUUUUAGAACUUUAUAUUUUCUUGUCACCAUGGGCUUUUUGACUGCUCUUUUCGGUGUGACACUUGUUGCUUUGUGUCAAAUCUUUGGAAGUUACCAUGUAAAUGCGGGGAUGUGCUGGCUGCAGCAGAGCCAGGAGCAGCGCUGUGACAUGGUGCUGAUGCGUGGGGUCAGCAGGGAGGAAUGCUGCGCCGGGGGCCGUCUAGACACGGCCUGGUCCAACACCAGUCUGCCCAUCAACGAGGUCAGCCUGCUGGGCUUCCUGGGAAUCGUGUCCUGCAAACUCUGCAAAGAGACCUGUGAUGGUGUGAAAUGCGGCCCAGGGAAGGUGUGUAAGAUGAUGGUUGGACGUCCUCAGUGUGUGUGUUCUCCUGACUGCACUAACAUCUCCAUAAAGCAUGCUGUGUGUGGGAGCGAUGGGAAGUCCUACCGUGAUGAGUGUGCUCUGCUGAUGGCCCGCUGUAAGGGCCACCCUGAUCUGGAGGUCAUGUACCAGGGAGAAUGCAAAAAGUCGUGCUCCAACGUGGUGUGCCCGGGUACCCACACCUGUGUGACGGACCAGACUAACAGUGCCCACUGUGUCAUGUGCCGCAUGACCCCCUGCCCAAUACCGCUGAAGUCCGAGGUGCCUAUCUGUGGCAAUGACAACAUCACCUACCCCAGCGCCUGCCACCUCCGCAGAGCCACCUGCUUUCUGGGGCGCUCCAUAGGAGUGCGUCACUAUGGCAACUGCUCUAGUGUUCCGAGGAACACUCUGGAUUUGGAGGGCAGUGAGGAGAAUUCACUCUAGGGGGACAGUUCUGAUGUGGUCCACCUGGUACUACAGUCCACCUGGUAAGAAGAUUUCCAAGAGAUCACGUUCGAUAGGUGAACCAGUGUUGUCCCGCUGUUCACUCCCCAAGCUCUGAUUGAUGUUGACAUCUUUUUUACAAUCACCUAUCCCCUCCAUAUCUACCACCUGUACAUAGAAUGACGAUACAUUUGAUGUGGGAGAACCUGCUGGAAGAAACCAUUUUUAUUCCAAAAGGAAACCAAUACUGUAUUUGUUGAUGCAUGCAAUGUAUGUUAAAUUGGAUGAUUUGCUCGUAAAACUGUGGAAACAGAUGAAAGGCAUAUAUCUUUAAAAAAAUAAAUAUCUAGUCGACUUUGAGUAGAGGAAGAUAUGUGUAUAUUGUAAAUAAAUACCACUACUAUUUA